GUUCGUCAUGUCGCUAUACAUUCCCUUCAUCGCCAUCCAACGCCAUCCAAUUUUUCCAAGUUUUUCAGCUCUAUCAAUAUGGCUCGUACCAAGCAAACUGCUCGUAAAUCCACUGGUGGCAAAGCGCCCCGCAAACAGUUGGCCACCAAGGCCGCUCGCAAAAGCGCCCCCGCAACUGGUGGCGUAAAGAAACCUCAUCGUUAUCGCCCUGGUACCGUCGCUCUCCGUGAGAUCCGUCGUUAUCAGAAGUCGACUGAGCUUUUGAUCCGCAAGCUGCCAUUCCAGCGUUUGGUAAGAGAAAUCGCCCAGGAUUUCAAGACUGACUUGCGUUUCCAGAGUUCGGCCGUCAUGGCAUUGCAGGAGGCUAGCGAGGCUUACUUAGUUGGUCUUUUCGAAGAUACCAACUUGUGCGCCAUUCAUGCCAAGAGAGUUACCAUCAUGCCCAAGGACAUCCAACUGGCCCGUCGUAUCCGUGGUGAACGCGCUUAGACGUAUUUGAUUUCCACUACCCUCAAAACGGCCCUUUUCAG